CCCUAAGGUCAAGUCUGGUUAACUAGACAUUCUCGUCCAUCACGUCAAAGGAUCGACUCUCUUCCGUGACUGACGGUUUUAUAUGUGUAGGAAAAAACAAAAGAGCCUGAAUCCCCCGCCUGACGUGAAAUAGAACUAUACAUACGGUUUGAAGGGAUCGAAGAGUUAAUGAGUGCCUGAGCGUGAAAUUCAAAGGCGAAGAUGUUCGGGCUUGCACAGGCCGCGCGCAGGGCAGCGGUGGCCCUGAAUGGGAGGAGACUUAAUCCAGGGAUUCGCCAUUUUUCAGCGGCCUUGAAUUAUCACUUGGAUUCUCCAGAUAACAAUCCUAAUGUGGCAUGGGAGUUUACAGAGCCCAACAAGGAGCGGGUGAGAGAAAUUAUAUCUCAUUAUCCUUCAAACUACAAGCAGUCUGCUGUUAUUUCUCUUCUUGAUCUUGCACAGCAACAACAUGGAGGUUGGAUACCAGUCUCGGCCAUGAAUAAGAUAGCUGAGACUCUUGGAAUGGCUCCAAUUCGUGUUUAUGAAGUUGCCACCUUUUAUUCAAUGUUUAAUAGAGCAAAGGUGGGUAAAUAUCACCUUUUAGUCUGUGGUACUACCCCUUGUAUGAUUCGGGGUUCAUGUGAUAUUGAGGAAGCACUUUUGAAGCACCUUGGUGUAAAGCGAAAUGAGGUAACAAAAGAUGGCAUGUUUUCAGUGGGCGAAAUGGAGUGUAUGGGAUGCUGUGUGAAUGCUCCCAUGAUUACUGUUGCUGAUUACACAAAGGGUUCAGAAGGAUUUUCAUACAACUAUUAUGAGGAUGUGACACCAAAACGUGUCAUCGAGAUUGUUGAGAUGCUGAGGCGUGGCGAAACUCCCCCAGUUGGGACACAGAAUCCAGAUCGUAUUAAGUCAGGUCCAGCUGGUGGCAAUACCACUUUGCUUAGUGAACCAAAGCCUCCACCUUGCCGUGACUUGGAUGCUUGUUGAUGUCAUGUAGGAUUUUAGAAUUUUUUUGUGAUAAUUUAAAAUGCUCUUUGCAACUUGUCCAAUCCUAAGGAGCACAAAUAUCUGGAAAAUAAAAGUUGCACUGUGAUUGUGGAGACCUUUGUUAGAGUUUCCAGGGGUUGCUGCUGCUCUUUUUUCAAAUGACUGAAAACCAGUGCUUAAAAUUCUGGGAUUCAUUCCAUUUUCAUUUUCACUUACAAUCUUCAUAGCAGCCAUUUCACAUUAUUGCUUCUGUUUCUGCUAAAACUUGAUAACUGCAUGAUUUCUUGGGGAAUGAGGAAUUCAAAAGAAGGAAAUAUAUAUUCUGGUGAUUUGACAUUGAA